AUGCGGGAUGAUGAUGCUGUCAAUGCAGAAGCAUUUAUUAAUAAAGCUUCAUUCCUGGUUAGCAGCAGUCAGCAUGAAGUAUUGAAUUUGCAGUAUAAGGUUUGUUAUGCAAGGAUUUUAGAUUUAAAGAGGAAGUUCUUGGAAGCAGCAUUAUGUUAUUAUGACAUUUCUCAGAUUGAGAAGAGGCAAAUAGGAGAUGAAGAGAUUGCUGAGGAUGCCUUGGAGCAAGCCUUAUCUGCUGCAGUUACAUGCACAAUUUUGGCCGCUGCAGGACCACAACGUUCCCGUGUUCUUGCCACUUUGUACAAAGAUGAGCGAUGCUCAAAACUGAAAGUUUAUCCAAUACUUCAAAAGGUGUAUUUGGAGAGAAUUUUAAGGAAACCAGAAAUUGAUGCAUUUGCUGAAGAGUUGAAGCCGCAUCAGAAAGCACUUCUGCCAGACAAUUUUAUGGUGUUAGAUCGUGCAAUGAUUGAACAUAAUCUUCUCAGUGCCAGCAAACUUUACACCAAUAUAAGUUUUGAUGAGUUGGGAACCUUGCUGGGAAUUGAGCCUCCAAAGGCUGAGAAGAUUGCUUCAAGAAUUAUAUAUGAGGACAGAAUGAGGGGAUCUAUUGAUCAGGUGGAAGCUGUCAUACAUUUUGAAGAUGAUACUGAAGAGCUGCAACAAUGGGAUCAGCAGGUAAAUUCAGUGGUAGUGUCAGAAGUCAAAUUCUUACAUAUUUCAUUUCAAAAACUUAAUGACUACCCUAAACCCUAUUUGGAUGUGUAA